AUGGCAAACAGGUACUGGGUGGUGUCUCUUCCCGUCCAGAACAACAGCUCUUCAUCCACAAUAUGGAACCAAUUGCAGCAAAAUAUCUCCAAGCAUUCCUUCGACACUCCUCUUUACAGAUUCAACAUUCCCAAUCUCCGCGUCGGAACCCUAGAUUCACUCCUCUCACUCAGCGAUGAUCUCAACAAGUCUAACGCUUUCAUGGAAGGUGUUUCUCACAAGAUCAGGCGCCAGAUUGAGGAACUCGAGAGAGUUUCCGGCGUUAAUACUGCCGCGCUUACCGUAGAUGGAGUUCCUGUUGAUUCCUACUUGACUAGAUUUGUUUGGGAUGAUGCUAAGUACCCGACUAUGUCACCUCUGAAGGAGAUCGUGGAUGGCAUUCAUGCUCAAGUCGCAAAGAUUGAGGAUGAUCUCAAGGUUCGUGUUUCCGAGUAUAAUAAUAUCCGAAGUCAGCUCAAUGCUAUAAACCGAAAGCAAACUGGAAGCUUAGCAGUUCGUGAUCUUUCUAACUUGGUAAAACCUGAGGACAUUAUAAAUUCAGAACAUUUAACUACCCUCCUUGCCGUUGUUUCCAAGUAUUCACAGAAGGAUUGGCUCGCAAGCUACGAAACAUUGACUAGCUAUGUGGUCCCAAGGUCUUCUAAGAAGUUGCAUGAGGAUAACGAAUAUGCUCUUUAUACUGUAACCCUCUUCAAUCGUGUGGCAGACAAUUUUAGAACUAGUGCACGGGAAAAAGGGUUCCAAAUUCGUGAUUUUGAAUACAGUCCAGAAACACAUGAGGGCCGAAAGCAGGAGUUGGAUAAAUUGGUGCAAGAUCAAGAAAGUUUGAGGGGUUCUCUGUUGCAAUGGUGCUAUACCAGUUAUGGAGAGGUUUUCAGCUCCUGGAUGCACUUCUGUGCUGUGCGCUUAUUUUCUGAAAGCAUUCUGAGAUAUGGAUUGCCGCCAAAUUUCUUGGCAUGCGUCUUAGCUCCAUCUGUAAAAGCUGAGAAGAAAGUACGUUCAAUCCUUGAAGGGUUGAGUGAUAGCUCAAACAGUGCAUACUGGAAAACUGAUGAAGAGGUAGGGGCUGGAAUGGCUAACCUAGCGGGUGAGGCGGAUACACACCCAUAUGUUUCCUUCACCAUCAACCUUCUUUGA